AUGUUAACUGAAGAAGUUCUUAACGGAAAUAAGUUGUACGAUAUCCCGAAGGAUACCAUUGACAAUGAAAUUCAAACUUUAAUGGAGAAUUUACAGGCUAAAAAGGGAUUCAAUCCUUAUCAGGAUUUUGACCCCGAGAAACAUCUUUUAUACAAGGAUGGUGAUUAUGAGAAAGUAAGAACACUUACUUUGAACGAGCUAGGAAUCAACAAGACCCAUGUUCCUCCGAUUUCGGAAGUUGCUGUUUCUGAUCCCUUCCCAUUGUUCACAGAGGAGGCUUGUGAAAUAAUGAAAUGGGAAGCGUUCCAAAGAAAAAGUGUUACUAAGUAUGGUAAACUACCAAUAAUGUCGAAGGGCGGAACUUCAACAGAUGUUCAGGUCUGUGGAUACACUGACUAUGCUCCAUUUACGGUAGCAGCUUGGAAACAUCCAAAAACUCAAGCGAUCAUUGAUAAGUUUGCUGGGGUAGAAUUGCAGAUAAUGUUUGAUUACGAAAUUGCACACAUUAAUGCUUCUCUCAUUGAUCAGAGCAAGCCACGGGGUAAGAUUGCUCCCAGUAAGUCAGGGAAAGAUAAGGAUUCCAAAGCUGUAUUUGACUGGCAUUAUGACUCUAACUCUUUUUCGGUAGUCCUAAUGUUAUCUACAAACGAUGAAAUGGAGGGAGGCAAAACAGGAUUACGAGCAGGCAAUGAAGAAGUUGUUUUCGUAGAUGGUCCAAAAGUAGGCUACGCAACAAUUCUUCAAGGCCGGGUUGUUAAGCAUAUCGCCACCAAGCCUGUUUCGAAUGACGAACGUAUUUCGUCUAUUGUUGGAUAUAUUCCAAAAUCUCUCCAUGUUCCUGACACUACGGUAUUAACAACUUUCAGACCUUCUGUAUCACCUAGGUCUUUACAUGAUGAGUAUUAUCCCCAAUGGAUGGAGUAUAGGUUUAAGCGAAUUGAAGCUCGUUUGGCAGAUAAGAGACAAGAAAUAAUGAGAAACCUGAAAGACGGAAAGCGUUUUGAUCAGCUAGAAGUCGUCGAAUUUUGUAAAGAUAUUUCUCAGUAUUUGUUUAAGAGCUGGAAUGAAUUUGAAUCUGUUGUUGAGAAUGAAAUUUUUCCACCUAAAGUAUUUUCAACUCCUUACAAUGAAUUAUGA